AUGUUUUCUCGACAAGCUCUCCGGAGCCUGGUCAGUGUCGAACGAGUCGCCAGUCAACAACCAAUUUUCUCACACGCAUCACGAGCAUGCCUUCACCAAGCAUCUACCAGCAACAGCUCUCAGAAAUUCCAGGCCACGCCUAGUGAGAUCCCACCACCAUCAGCAUCUGCAUCAGCUACCCCAGUCUCUUUCUCCGCAUCACAAACCACAACAUCUCCAAUCACAGAUGCAUCAGCAACACAACCAACAUCAUCCUCCUCAACAGAAGGACAACCCAUAAACGGCGCCCCACGCAACAAGCUCCCUCUCCCACCUCUAUUUGAAUCAAACCUCAAAAUCACCCAAUCUCUCGCCGACAAACUACCAUACCUCUACACCCAACGCCCACACUACAUCUCCGCGCACCUACACGAUCGCCCAUACCUGCUAACGGAAGGCGACCACAUCCGUCUCCCGUUCCUGAUGCCAAAGGUGAAAUCUGGUGAUAUCCUCCGAUUCAACCGCGCCUCCGUACUUGGAUCACGCGACUAUACACUCAAGGGGAGCCCGUAUAUCGAUGAGAGGAUGUAUGAAUGUCGUCUGAGGGUGUUGGGUGUGGAGUCUGAGCCGUUGCGGGUCAAGGAGAAGACGAAGAGGAGACGGCGACAUGUGCAGCACAUCAAGAGUAAGCAUAGAUAUACGAUUUUGAGGGUCAUGGAGGUUAAGCUGAAGUCGUUGGAGGAGUUGGUGGAGGAAGGGGCGGAGAUUUUGAAGGAGGGGACGAUUCAGGAGGAGGCGGUGGAUGUUAUUGAGAAGAAGAGUCAGGACACUACUACGCCUGCUGUAUAA